AUGGUGAACGAUUUCUUGCUCUCCGGGAAUUUUGAUGAAAGACUAAAUAUGACCAAUAUUUGUCUUAUCCCAAAAUCGGAACGACCUACCAGGAUGACGGAACUUAGGCCAAUAAGUUUGUGUAAUGUAGGUUAUAAGAUUAUCUCGAAGGUUCUCUGCCAGAGGCUAAGGUGUGAUCCUACCAAGAUUGAUUUCGGAGACCCAAUCUGCGUUUGUACCAGGUCGCCUAUCUCUGAUAACAUCUUGAUAGCUCAGGAGAUGUUUCAUGGGCUGAGGACAAAUAAAUCAUGUAAAGGGAAGUAUAUGGCAGUGAAGACAGAUAUGAGCAAGGCUUAUGAUCGGGUUGAAUGGCCUUUCAUAGAGCUUUGA